GUGACGUCACUUUGGCGGGAAAACGACGAUUUUAGGAAGACAUGCAGCCGGCAUUUCACUAAACACUAGUUUACUGAAUGCCUGGAUCUUUGGAGGAUCGGCGGCCUCCUCGAUAUCUCAGAGAUGUCUACGUCAUCUGUGUCAAAGGGAUGCUUUGUUUUUAAGCCCAGUCCGAAGAAGAGGAAGAAGCAGGAUGUCAGUCAGGAAAGUUAUUUUAUUCAUGACUGCGCGGGUCCGGAAAGCGGCCAGAGGCGAUUCAAGCUCUGCCAGGAUCUGUGGAAGCAGAUCGAAACUGAAACUGAGGUUUUGCAGGAUGAACUCCAUAGGAAAAUCUUGGACAGCUUACUGGAGUUCAGCAGGAAGUGUUCCUCCGCUCGUUGUCACGGCGACUGGGCAUCGCAGAUGAGGGCCAGUGAAAUUCCCACAGCUGCCCUCAUGCUGGGUGUCAACGUUCCCGAUCACGACCUGACCUUCAGCAGCCUCUCGGACCUACUCAGACAGUCUGUCACUCCUUAUGUGGUCUCUCUGCAGGCCAAGGAAUGUGGAGCACUGAAGCAUUUGUUGAAGAGGGUCCUGGAGGGAUUAAUGGAGACGGUUGUGGCUGUGGAUGAUGAGGAUGAAGCCGAUCAGGCCGCCUGUCAUGUCCAGAAAAGUGUGCACUGUUCCCUCACAACCCUGUGUGACUGGUAUAUUAUUAAAACUAAAAAAUCCAGUAAUGACACUCCAGGGAAAAAGCGUCCUUCCACUGUCACGGAUGAGCCGGAGCAGCUCCCUCCUGUUGUCGUCGUAUUCAAAGAUCUGGAAGCUUUUAACCCCAAAGUUCUUCAGGACUUCAUUCUGAUCUGCAGCCGGUACGUCCACCGCCUUCCCCUCAUGUUCAUCUUUGGGAUCGCCACGUCGCCCAGCACCAUCCAGCACAUGCUGCCUCACUCUGUGUCCUCGCUGCUGUGCAUCCAACUCUUCCAAUCCCUCUCCUGCACCGAGCAUCUCGCCACAGUCAUCGACAAGUUCAUCCUGACGCAUCAAUUCCCCUUCAAGCUGACAGAAAAAGUGUUGAGCGUGCUCGUCAGCAUCUUCUUCUUCCACGAUUUUUCUGUCAGAAAUUUCAUGAAGGGCCUACAGCUGGCUCUCCUGGAGCACUUUUACACGCAGCCUCUCAGCGUGCUGUGCUGCAGGAAGAAAGCGGCUCUGCAUCACGCCACGCAGCUGGAUCACGGUGACCUGGAGAGGAUCAGACUGCUGCCGUCAUUCAAGAGGUAUGUAGAGGGACAAGAAGCUGAGGAGCAAGUCAACCUGAUGACAGAUGACUCGCAUUUAAAGGAAGUGUGUCAAAAACUGAUCAAGACUCUUCACAAAUAUCACAAGAACUACUAUCCCACCUUGAGGUGUCUCCACGCUCUGACGUCGACUCUGCCUCGGCAUCUUCUGGGGAAACAGAUCAGGGAGCUCCACGAGGCGUGUCUGAGGAAGAACGUGUGGGAGCAAGAGAACUACCAAUCUGCCAUGAAGCUUUUAAAGAUGCAGGCUAAAGACGAGCUGGUUGUGUCGCUGCGGAGGUGUGCAGAGAUCCUGCGCUCCGUCAAAUCCAAGACGAUGAAGAAUGCGUGUGAACAGCUGGAGGAGCUGCUCUGCAGGUUCCAGCAGCUGGAUGCUGCCGUGGAUGUGGCCCCCAGUGAGGACGAGUGUGUCCUCUCUCCACCGAAAAAUUUGCCAAAGAAAACAGAUCUGUUCCAGCUACAGAAGACUCUGCUGGAGAUGAACGAGUCUCGUAGGUCCAAGAAACUCAGUCCGUUUGAGAUCCUGAGGAAUGAAACCGUGGAGUUUGUUGACGGAUUGGUGAGGAGCCACCUAUGGCCUCCAGAGUCUCAGCCCCUGCAUGAAGUUUGCUACUACAGUUCGGUCGCCACCGUGAAACACCACCUCAACGCCUCGCCUCGCACCUCCAUCCAGGUCGCCCUCAGCAAUCCAGACCACUAUCUGGAGAAUGACUCGUUGAAGACGGAAGACGGGAGUCUCUCCAGCGCUGCCCCUGAUAUCUGCAUCGCCUACAAGCUCCACCUCGAGUGUGGCCGACUGAUUAACCUGUAUGACUGGCUAGAAGCCUACGCCACGGUGGUUUCCGCUGCAAAGGUCGACCCAGACCAGGACGCUUUCGGUAAAGUGGAUGAGGUCAAACACGCCCGUUUCAUCCGCGCCGUGUCUGAACUCGAGUUCCUGGGCUUCGUGAAGUCGACGAAGCAGAAGACGGACCAUGUGGCGCGCCUCACGUGGGGAGGCUGCUGAUAGCAGAAACUCUCACAGCUGUUGUCACUUCUGUUCAUGUUCCCCUUUGGUCCUCCACCCACCUGGCAUGCUGGAUGACUGUGAUGGGGAUUCAGGAGAAUAGCAACACUCUGACUGAUGGUAGCUUCCAUCUAGAUGCUUCCUCUUGUGGAUGCGUUUGUAUUCUUGUUUGAUGCUGUGGAGAAUUUGUUCUAGUGGAUUUAAAAUAAAUAAAAGGACAACGAUA